AUGAUCAAUGGCAAAAGAAGGACAUUGUGUCCAUAUGGACCAAGGCAUGUCCAAACAAAGAAGGAAACAAAAGUAGAAGAUCGAUGGAAACUCGAUAUCCAUGAGAACCUCGAAAAGCUCUACCGGAUGUGUCUUCGAGUUGAUAGCUCUAGCGAGCUCCACGGAGUCGAUGAUCAAAGAAGCUCAAGCCAUCACAAAGAUGAUGCACAUGACCUUCUAUUGGUAAAUCAAAGCUACAAUUCUUUUCGAUUUCUGAAAAAACUGAUUCAUGCCUCGGUUACAUCUUCACCUUACUUUAUUGCUUCGUCUUCGCCGCUUUCAACCAGUACCUUAAGAGCCGUCGUCUCCAGUUCAGAUCCAUUUAUCUAUCCGUCAUCCUCCUCCACCUCGCAUCGGCGCUUCCACUCUUCUUCUCGCCAAUUUGGGUACCAUAUCCUCUGUGAAAGCUGCGUCAGUGGUGCUUUUCGGCGUGAACACGAUGAUCGGUUACUUGCUGAUGCUCGUGGCUAUGUCCUUAAAUAG